UAGAGAGAUGAAGGAGGAGGAGGGUCUGUGUAGGUAGUAGUUCUCCAGAGGGCAGACAAGACAAGCCACCCCACGCUUGCCUACAGCAUGCCCUCCAUGGCCUGUCUGUCUGCGUCACUGACUGUCUGACUGACUGACUGACUCCACACCCACCCUCUCUGACAAACCGGAGCUUCACCAAAAGAAUUAAGGCAUCCAAUUCAUGGAUGUAACUAACACACGGAUAAAUCAAUUUACUGCACGGUGCUCCACAUGAAAGACACAAUACAUGGCCGCCACGUCACAUCACACAAACACACGCGCACAAACGGUCGGUACGAAGCUACAUACAUCCGUGAAGAUUUAAGGAUGUGGGCGUGUACCAGCACUUAAGUCGAAGACUCAGUCGGGCUCACGCAGCCUUCUGUUUUGACACGGCGGCUGAUCUGCGCGAGCAGCAGAGGCGCCUCAAACAGGCGCCAAACAGCACCACCUUCACAGACACCUGCAGAUGCACACACACACACCAUGUGCCCUGCCCAGAUUUAUCUGCAACGAAUCUGCAACGCCUGCAUACAAUAAAUACACGGAAGGUCACGCAGCUAGCUGACCAGGAAGCAUGCAGCAGCGAUGAGAUCCAGACCUAGCGCCCGAUAGAAGGGCAGCCGCUCGGCCGGCGUCUCCCAGUGGCUGAGGUCGCCGCCCAUAGAAUACACGUACUCCACCAAAUCUAUGGGACACGGCACAACACAACACAGCACAGCACAGCACACACCAACACACCAACACACACAAUGACUGACGAGCAGAGAGAGGGUGGCAUGGCCUCCCCCCUUACGAACACAAACGCACCAGCGGCUCUCUCCACCCCUCCAUAGAGCUUCAUUGUCGCCUGCAGGUGUGCCGUCCUCUCAGCAAAGGAGGCGUUGGACAUCACCUCAGCAAUGGCGUGCCGCACGUCGGCUGCCGUCAUGGUGUGCCGGUCGAGCAUCAGUCCGACGCCCGCCCGUUUCAGGCGCAGCCCCACGUCGAGCUGGUCGCCAAAAUGCGGAAUCCCGACAAUGGGUGUGCCCGCGUAGAUGGCCUCAUGGACGCCAUUUGCACCACAGUGCGAUAGGAACACCUUCACCUUUUCAUGGGCCAAAGCAGCGGGGGUGGCCACCCAGGUCGCCAGGUGGAAGACAUCCUCCGACGGCCACUGGUCUCUCGGGGGCAACUCGGCCCACUGUUUCUCGCCCAGCGCCCACAGCACCCGAUAAGGCCGUGGGGACGGUCCACUGAAGGCUUCCAUCAGUGUAUGGCCCAUGCGCUCCUCAAUGUGCAGAAGGGAACCGAAACUGACAUAGACGACCGGGAGAGACGAGGCGUCGAGCCAUUUGCGCACAGAGGGGUCGAGUCGGUCUGGCGAGAGGCUCUCUGGCCGCAGCAGGGCGCCGGUAUACUGCAAAAGUGGCGGCGUGUGGAAGGGAUAAUCGAGGCCAGGGAAGGAGUGCACCAUCUUCAGGACAGACUUCGCCCGCCUGCAUCCAAACACCCACCACACGCCUCCAUCCAUCCAUCCAUCCAGCCAUGGAUCCAUGGAUCAUCUCUCUGACUGAGAUCGCAUCGCUCAUCACCUGCUCAUGAGGUAAGUGAAAGGAAACUCUAGCCGCUCGCCCACCAUACUCACCACCGCAAAGUACACCAUCUUCGCCACCCGCUGCAGCACCGUCGGCUCAUCAUACGAGAAGCCCGUCAUAAAGGGCGGCAGAUACGGCCAUGGCGGCGAGAGCAUCGGCACCAAGCUCACAGUAGGGUGUGAGUAGACGGCAGGGAUUUCGCGUUCGAACGCGAAAUCGAACGCGGCCGAUGCCCCUAUGCCCGCCAGCACCAGGUCGGGCAGAUGCGUCGCGUGCGACCCGUUGAGUGGGAAGUGCUUCUCCAGACCUUUCUCCAGCGCUUUGUUCAGGUUUCUGAACACUGUGAUGAUGUCCAAGAAGCUCCGCAGGCCAACCUGAAUGAACAAGACAACAGACACGCCGUGAGGGCCGGCAUGGCAUGUGCUCUGGUGGGCGAGCGACCAUGAGCGACCAUCCCAUCUACUGCCUGUCUGUCUGCCUUUCUCACGCGGUUUGGGUCGGCCCCCCCUGUCAUGUCCUCCUGGGUUAGCACGCCAAGCGAAACGAAAGUAAGUCCUGCGGCACACACGCGCACACACACGACGCACACAGAGGGAGAGGGUCACUCACAUCUGGAAGGCAAGCGAUCAUGGAUCGUGGAGGCGGAUGCACCUGUUCUCCACUUUGCUUCUGCCGAGCGGCUCAGAUGUGGCAACUCGGACCUGGAGCAGAGAGAGAAGAAAGACAGAGAGAAUAGGCAUCCAGCUUAUAUGUAGUCUUAGUUUGUUUCCUUCCUUUCAUUGAUUACAGUGUGUCCACGCCUCUGCAGCUCUGCACCGAUGUCAAGCGGCGCGUGAAGAUGGCUGAAUGGACUGCUGAUCGCCAACACAUCGAACGCUCCCGCGCCUCGAGAAUGAAUGAGUGCACUCAUUUUGAGUGCACACCAAAGGCCUUGCAACAUCGUCAGGCACCCCAUCAGCGCCAGAUCUGCCUGCGAAAAAGACCAAUUUCUUCAGUCGCUUUCCUUCCAAGCGCGCAUCAGCGAUCCCAUCGGGAAGGAAGCGCAUUGCGUGUGAGUGUGCUGAUGACGCCGAAGUGAGCCUCACCGUCAAAUCCUCC